CAGUAAUGCGAAGAGAAGAAGAAAGAAAGAUGUAGAUGGGCUGUAUUCGUUUGUAGAAUUAUUUGAUUCCGUUCGCAAAUCGCAGUGUGUGGCUUCUCCGGUUCUCAUCUUCUUCGAUUCGCUUGGUAGCUCUCCACUCCAGAUAGACCCACUUUGGAUCAGAAUGGAAGAGCAAGAAGCUCAUCAAAUGAUGGAGAUACAUGUCUAUACACAACAAGGAAUAACAGCCACCUUUUCACUCUCUCCGAACGACACCGUGAAAACCCUGUUCUCGAUUCUCAUGGAGUCCUUCCCCCCAGCUGCUUUAGGGAGUCAGUCUUGUUUUCAUCUAUUUUUUCAGAAUAUACAACUGAAGCGGAACAAUAAAGUGAGGGACGAGAUUGAGAGAAUAGUGAUUGAGAGUAAACUGGAGGAGCCGGAACAGGAUCAGAUAUGGUUGCGGUUUGUCCCCAAUCCGAGUUGCGGCAGUGCAAGAUGUGACAAGGUUGAUUGUCUGUCGGGAAAUACGCGUUUUAAGUAUUACAGGUAUGGGAGAAUGUGGAAGUUGCGCUACUUCUGUAGGACGUGCCGGAAGGAGUUUAAUUUAAAUAUGCCACAACCACCAAAACCAACCAAGAUUGCUCCACCGCUCCCAUUGCCACCCACAGUUGCUUCUUCAUCAUCUUCUUCUUCAGUCUUGGAUUUGAGUGAUCGAGUACUUGGGAACUGCAGGGCUCUACAUCAGUACAAUGCCCAACUGCAAAUGGAGAAAUCAAGUUUGGAGAAGAAGAAUAAGGCUUCGGAACAAGCAUUGACCUCACUUGAGGCAUGGAUGGAGGAGAAAGCAAGAUGCGUUCAAGGAGGAGCGUGAUGACACACUUACGAAAUUCGAGGCUGUACUACAGAGUUCCAGAAUCCAUAGGUCAGUAACUUCGAAAAAUCAUAAGUAAUUGCAGAAAGAAUCCUUUUUCUGCAACUCCAGUUCCAAAAUGAUCCUUUUUUGCAAUCGACGCAUACCAGCGAGGCCAAAAGCCAACACAAACAUGGCGGCACAGUCGGAAGAACAACUUUUCUUAGGGUUUCUCGCUAGUUUCUCUCUUAUGGAUUUUUUCUAUACUGUUUUGUUGAUGUAAUGUUCACAAAAUGAAAUAAAAUAGUACAUGUUGAACAACAUAAAACAUUGUUCAUCAAUGUAGUACAUUCAACAAAAUAACAAAUUGAAUACUGUAUAGAAUGAGACUUUCGUUGAAAUUUAAAGAACUCAUUGAAUUCCUCUUU